AUGUUCUCACGGAAACUUGAACUGGACAACAGACGUCGUGGCCGUUUAUUAACAUCCACCUGCUUCAGGAUUCGUCCCAGUGAAUUAUCUGUACUCUUCAUGAUCGGAGACAAGCUGAGGCUCGGUACUGUCCGUGUUUUGAGUAUUUGUCCGCUCCUUGGAGACCUAACAUGGAAAAAAAUCACGUCGGGAUUUUUAAAUAACCCUUGCCCAAGUGUCCGGUUGAAUGGCAAUGAGGAUCAAUGAACCAAUUAACCAGACUGAAAUUGCGCCGCUUUAACGACUGGCUGGCUGUAUUGGAGUAUACGAAACUUUAACUUUAACAAACUUUCAAGCAGACGUGCGUAAUUUCUCUCGAAUUUCAAGCAACGAGAAGCUACGAAGCUGUUUGUAUGUACGAUAGAAACCAAAAAAAGUGAAAGAUGAAGAGCAACAGCAAUUUUUCUCACCGACCAAUCCCUCGAACUAUAGCAAGGGUCACCUUCAGCAAAUCCUCGACGGUUAUAGCCGGCCUAUUAAAUAGUGGUGUCGAGCACUUUCUCGAGGGCGUCCUGACGCUUCUGCUGCUGCUGCUGUUCGGUGUGGUUGGUGUAAUCAGUUGCGCCGGAGACUGCGUUGACAGAAGUGGAGGAGCUAAUGGUAGUAGUAGUGGUAAAGGAGGAGGAGGAGGAGGAGGA